AUGGCCGGCUCCCGGGAAAGGUUGCUUCACGAGAGACGGGAAUAUGCCUACGAAUAUGAAUUUAGAAGGAAAUACGAUUAUCAAGAAAGGAAUAGAAGAUACGACCACAGAGUCGAGAGGCACGAGAGACCCAGAAGAAAGAAUGGAUACGUUUAUGAAGAUAUCUACUCAGACUUUGACGAGGCUCAAGGAAGACUGUCACUAUUCAGACCAAUACGACCAGAAUAUUUAAAUUUACCAACAUCUUAUGACAUGAAAUACAACUCAUUACCGAGGAACUAUUAUAAUUACGACGAUAGAAAUAGUCGUAGGAAGAAAGAUUAUUACGAUUUUAGAAUCGAAACUGACAGGAGGAGGCCGAGAGAUUCUUAUGAACCUUAUAGGAAAAGAACAACAGAAGUUAGGCGUGCGGAAGCAGAUAAUUACGCGAGGAAUCCAAAACCUAUACUUACUGAAGUAAAAAAUUCGAACGCACCAAAAAACGUAGCCGUCUGCAAACCUUUGAGACUGUCUGAACAAAAUGCUCAAUAUUGGACGACCGAAGCGGCGACCAAGAAGCGGAAAAGACCAGACGAGGUGAAGAAAAACGUUAAAUUCUCCGAAGUGUCCGGAUGCAAUAGGAAAAUGGUCGUCGACGAUCCUAUUGUCGGUCGAAAAGUUGUGCCCGUUAGAGAAUUGGAAGUGUCAUUAGAUCAGAUGAUACAGAAUGGUUAUUUUGAGAAGCAUAACAUUCCAAUUUCGAAGCCGGCCGAACGGAAUUGCAACACGGAAGAGAUUGGGAGUGUUCCCAAUGGGAAGUGCUUGACGGGAGUGGACAGAAAAGAAGUGGCAAGGCCGCGACGAACAAGGCACCUGCACCAGGUGUUGGCCGCCUUAGCAGUGUCCCUGGCUCCAUUUUCAGCUGGUCUUGGCAAAGGGUACAGCUCCCCUGCCAUCGCCUCCUUGCAAGGACCUGGAGGCAACGCUACCAGGAGGGAUUUCCAGCUGACCGACCAGCAGGCUUCGUGGCUCGCUUCACUCUCAUUCCUAGGAGCCCUCUUCGGCGGCAUGGCCGGCGGUGCCGCAAUGAGACACGGCCGCCGCCGCGUGCUGUCGCUGGCUGCCGCGCCCUGCAGCCUGUCCUGGCUGCUGACUGUCCUCGCCACCUCAGUCAGGAUGAUGUGCAUCACCGCCUUCCUUGGGGGGUUCUGCUGCUCCAUAUUGACCAUGCUGUCUCAGGUCUACAUAAGUGAAAUAUCCGUGCCAGACAUUCGUGGUUGCCUCAGCGCCGUGCUCAAAAUCGUCGGCCAUCUUGGAGUGCUAUUCAGCUUCACCAUCGGCGCUUACCUCGACUGGCAGCAAUUGGCCUUGUGUAUAUCCGCUGCUCCUCUACUUCUCUUCUGUACAGUUCUUUACAUACCAGAAACACCAAGCUACCUCGUUUUAAUCGGUAAAGACGAAGAAGCCUACAAAAGUCUCCUCUGGCUUCGCGGACCUAACUCCGAUGUGGCUCAAGAACUAGCUACUAUAAGGAAUAAUGUUUUGGCCAGCAAAAAUUUCAGUCAGCGUCAAAGCCAAAUGUCUGGCAGUCAAUUUAUAAAUUCUCUAGAUGUCAGAACUAUGAAUCGUUUGCUAGGACCUAUUCUGGUAACUUGUGGACUCAUGAUGUUUCAAAGAUUUUCAGGGGCUCACGCGUUUUCAUUUUAUGCCGUACCGAUAUUUAGAAAAACGUUUGGUGGUAUGAAUCCGCACGGUGCAGCUAUAGCUGUUUCCUUCGUGCAAUUAUUGGCGUCAUGUCUGUCGGGCUUACUGAUAGAUACUGUUGGAAGAUUACCAUUGCUGAUCGUCAGUUCUGUGUUAAUGUCGAUGGCCCUGGCUGGAUUUGGGAGCUACGCGUAUUACGAGGAAGUUCAUCGGAAUCAAAGGAUCCAAAACGUUAUGUUCCACCAAACAUUGGGUCAAAAUGAUUGGAUUCCAUUGUUGUGUGUUUUAGUUUUCACUAUAGCGUUUUCACUCGGGAUGAGUCCUAUAUCAUGGCUUUUGAUUGGGGAGUUGUUUCCUUUGGAAUACAGGGCUUUCGGCAGUGCAAUGGCAACUGCUUUCAGCUAUCUUUGCGCGUUUGUUGGUGUCAAGACGUUUGUUGAUUUUCAACAAGCCUUGGGCCUUCAUGGGGCAUUUUGGUUGUACGCCUCUAUAAGUGUCGGGGGAUUAUGUUUUGUGGUUUGCUGUGUACCAGAAACAAAAGGAAAAGAUUUGGAUGAAAUGGAUCCAAAUUACGUACAGAAUUUAUCACCGAAGAGGUAAAUGGACGUUUAUAUUAAAUUCUCAAA